AUGACCCCAGCCCCGCCACCCCACCUCCGCCCCUUCGCGGCGGCGCAGCGCCCCUCCUCGGUCGCCUUCAUCGGCCUGAACGCUCUCCGCGCGCUGAGCAUAAUCGCCAUGCUGCUCGUCUUCAUCAGCAACGUCGUCACGAUCGUUGACGACGUCAAUGCCAUGAAGGCCGCCAAGCACACAAACGAGGUCACCUCUACCGUGUCGACCACGAGCAGCACGAUGCACUCGCGCGCGGCGGUGUUCAACUCGACCGUCGCGACUUCGUUGAACAAUACCUGGACAUGCAACUACAUGCAGCACUCGACCAUCCCGUCGCAGACCGGUGGCCCCUUCUGGUCCAUCCUCAACCGCGUCUUUAUCCUCUGCGAAACCCUGGUCCUCCUGCUGUCUGAGGUCGGCUUUCCCAAGACCCUCUUCGACAUCUACAUCCCCAUGCUGAGCAAGUCGUACGGCCUUGGGUGUCUCGGCGUGCUCCAGGCUUUCCUCGCCGCGUCAGUCCUCUCACACUACGCCAAUCUCUUCCCCCAGGUCGCCAGCUGGAUGCUCUUCAUCAUGGGCUGCCUUAACAUCCUCGUUGGCAUCUUCCUCCGUGAGAAGGCGCGUGCGCAGCGUUCGCUCUUCAAGUGGGAGAACUAUGCCAACCUUACACCCCAGACCAAGGUCGCUGCCGGCGCGUGGGACGUGUACAACGGCAUGAAGGAGCCCUCCCCGACGCCGAGUCAUGCCGAGAAGGCCGGCGACGCGGGCGAGGAGCCAUACGUCCCCGGCUCGCGGUUCGGCGGGUUCGCCUUUGGUGCCCAGAAGGCCUGGCGUAACAGCUUGAAGACGCUCAAGAUUAGUCGUCCCCUCGAGACGCUUCCAAAGCACCACUUGUAA